CCUCCAUCCACCCCUUCUCCCUCUCUCCUCCGAAAAGAGGAGGCCUCCCAUGGAUAGCAAUCAGCCUUGGUAUAGCAAACUGCAGUAGGACUAGGCGUGUCUCUUCUAUUGAGGCUAGACAAGGCAGUCCAGUUAGGGGCAAGGGCUCCAGAGGCAGGCAGUGCAGUCAAAGGCAGAUGCUGCAGUAAGUCAGAGGCAGGCAGUGUAGUGAGAGGCAGGCGUCAUGUAUCCGCUUCACACAUCUGGAUCACUUUGUCUUUCCUAAAACCUUUUCAACAGCCCACUCUCUUGCUUUUCUAACACGCAUGCCAUUCAUCUUCCUUUAACAACUAUUGCCGCUGCCGAUACACCUUUCUGAGUCUGAAUGGGAAUGAUGGAGAUGGCUUGGCACAGCUGGCAGCAAUUUGGAUUCAGGCAGACUCAAGUUCACACCCUGACUCUGCUGCCUGGUGAUGACAUAACUUUCAGCGAAUUGUCAGAUUGUUCUCAGCCUGCAUUCUGUUCCUAAAACGGAAACGUCUCUCCUAGGAACUAGCAUCUAUCUAUCCAGGGUAAACCUUCGGGUACCAAAGCCCAGUUCCGUUGCCAUGGCGACCCGCUGAGACGGACAAGUUUCUCCGCACCAGAGCUCAGCUCCAGGAGUUGCCACCCUCCCGAGUGACGUCGAUGCGCGUGACGAUAGGCCUCCCGGAAGGCGCCUGUGCAGUGUGGCUGUCAGAGCCUCGCAGCCGGUGGGGGCGUGGUCUGGAGGAGGAUCUGGCUCCAGUUGCGCGUGCGCAGGUCCGGGCGGUCUUCCAGGCGCUCCCUCCUCUUUGUCCGCGACCCGGUUGCCAAGUACGCAGAGGAGACGCCACCCCCGGAAGCUGUUCCCGGGAGCGGAAGUGGCAGGUGGCUCGUUAGAGUGAGGACCGCGUGUGCGGUGCUACUCUGCUCCUGCUCGAGGGGCUCUGGUGGGCGUGGGCUGAAGGAAUGCGGACCCGGCUUCUCGAUUUUUAACUCAGUUUGACAAUGAGCAAGCGCAGAAAGCUUCCGGCUCGGCAGCCAGCUUGCUUGGAGACCUUCAGCCCAGACGUCCUCAAUGACGUGUCUGAGCUCUUUGCCAAGAGCUUUUCCUACCGUAAGCCACUCGAUAAUGAGUGGCAGUUACCAGCUCCCACGGAGAGCUUCUCCUGUGGGCACCUCGAGUUCAGGGCUCUUCUAGACUUGAAGAACUCCCUGAACGAAGUGAAGAACCUCCUGAGCGAUAAGAAGCUGGACGAGUGGCACAGGCACACGGCCUUCACCAACAAGGCAGGCAAAAUCAUCUCUCAUGUCAAAAAGGCCGUGAACGCGGAACUCUGCACUCAGGCCUGGUGCAAAUUCCAGGAGAUCCUGUGCAGUUUCCCCCUCAUUCCGCAGGAAGCUUUUCAGAGUGGAAGACUGAAUUCUCUGCACCUGUGUGAAGCUCCGGGCGCCUUCAUCGCUAGCCUCAACCAUUACUUAAAAUCUCACCGGUUCCCCUGUGAAUGGAGCUGGGUGGCGAACAGCCUGAAUCCAUACCACGAGGCAAACGACAAUCUUAGGAUGAUUACGGAUGACCGGCUGAUGGCAAAUACCUUGCACUGCUGGUACUUCGGCCCAGAUAAUACCGGUGAUAUCAUGACCCUGAAAUAUCUGACCGGGCUUCAGGACUUCCUCAGCGGCAUGUCUCCCAUUCACUUGGUCACGGCUGAUGGCAGCUUCGAUUGCCAAGGAAACCCAGGUGAACAGGAAGCCUUAGUGUCGUCUUUGCAUUACUGCGAAGCUGUCACUGCUCUGAUCACUCUUGGAGACGGCGGCUCUUUUGUUCUAAAGAUGUUUACGUUGUUUGAACACUGUUCUGUGAACCUCAUGUACCUGCUAAAUUGUUCUUUUGACCAAGUUCAUGUUUUCAAACCUGCGACUAGCAAGGCAGGAAACUCAGAAGUCUAUGUGGUGUGUCUUCGCUAUAAGGGAAGAGAGGCCGUUCAGCCUCUGCUAUCUAGGAUGGUGUUGAACUUCGGCACUGAGAUGACCAGGAAGGCGCUCUUUCCUCAUCAUGUGAUCCCCAAAUCCUUCCUUGAGCGACACGAAGAGUGUUGUACGUUCUUUCAUAGAUACCAGUUAGAGACUAUAUCUGAGAACAUUCGUCUUUUUGAGAGCAUGGGAACGGGGGAGCAAGAGAGACUCAAUAAUCUAAGGGAUUGCGCUGUACAAUAUUUUAUGCAAAAAUUUCAACUGAAGCCUCUUUCAAGAAAUCACUGGCUCGUUAAAAAGUCCAAUAUUGGUUGUAGUAUGAACACGAAAUGGUUUGGACAGAGAAACAAGUAUUUUAAAACCUAUAAUGAACGGAAGAUGAUGGAAACCCUUUCAUGGAAGGAUAAAGUAGCCAAAGGAUACUUCAAUAGUUGGGCAGAGGAACACACCGUCUAUCAUCCCGGGCAGAAUUCCCUCCUUGAAGGGACUGCUUCCAGUCUUGAGUACCAGUCGUGGCAAGUCUUAGAAGGAAAGAAACUGCCGAAGGUAAAGUGUUCCCCUUUCUGUGAUGGUGAAAUUUUAAAGACUCUCAAUGAAGCCAUCGAGAAGUCCUUAGGAGAAGCUUUGAGCGUGGAUGCCAAGGUCAGUUCCAAGCAGCAAUACCGCUGUUGUCCCGUCUUUUCAGAAGAGUCAGUAUUAUCCGAGUUGUUGAGGCUUACCAAGUGCCUUCCGGACGAACAGGGUGCGGAACCCAGCGGCCCAGUCAAGUGCCUGCUGGUGGGCUCACCGGCCGUCUGUGAUCUCCAGAUGCCCGCGCCACUGGAAAUCCAGCUUGUGGAGUCCGUGGAGCUCACAGCCUUCAGCUGUUCCCUGCUUCACGAUGGUGACCCAGCCUACCAGCAUUUGUUCUUGGACUGCCUGCUGCACUCACUGAGGCGGCUUCACAGGGGAGAUGUGAUGGUCUUGCCCAUCCUUUCUUGCUUCACGAGGUUUAUGGCUGGCCUGACCUUCGUCCUCCACGGCUGUUUUAGAUUUAUCACGUUCUCUUGUCCCACGUCCCUGGAGCCCCUCAGGACCUGUGCCGUCUUGCUGUGCAUUGGUUAUCAGAACCUUCCAGAUGCAGUUUUCCAGUUUCUACAGAAUGUUCAUGACCUCUUGAGCAAGCUGCUGCACCCCAGUGCCCCUCGGCAGAUUUUACAGUUCCUACCAAUGGAGGCGCUCCUUCAGGGGACGCUGCUUGACUUUUUGUGGGAUUUGAACGCUGCCAUUGCUAAAAGGCAUCUGCAUUUGAUUAUUCAAGGAGAGCGAGACCAAGCCAUCGGCAGCCUUGAGUUAUAAAAUUGAGCACGGCAUUGAUGACGUGCAGCCGUUUUGUGACUUACAGUUUCCGAUUUCAUUUUACCUGCCCUAUUUAUUUAAUACUUUUCAUUUUGGAGAGACACCAAUUUGUGUAUUAAAGGACAUUAAUUGUGGAAAGUUGUGGCUUGUUCUGAUGUGAAGGAUAUAUGACUCAUAGGCACAGAGUUUUUGUGGUAGGAGCCGUGUACUGAUGGUAUUUAGCCCCUAAUCAUGUGACAUCUGUAUGUGUUCGAGUGGCUACACGCUUGCUUGCAUAUACAGUUGAGUCAGUCUUAUCUGCUGCAGACUUACACCCUGUGCCUUCAUUCAGACUUUUUCCCCAACUGAUUCCUCUCUUAGGCUGAUGCUUUUAAUGAUUGUUAGAGGUUAUUUAUUCAUGACAGGAAGUGAGUCACUCUCUGGCUUCACUAUUUACCUGGAAGCACUUGGCAUGUCUGUGGACUUCAGGGAUCUUUAUUCCAGAUUGUUUGAUAUGUGCCAUUGCCUUUUGAUUGGUGGCUUCAUUUUCUUUGAAUUGAAAUGAAAUACAGAUUUUUUUUUUGUAUGACUUUUGCUAGCUAUAACUACUUCAACUAAUAAGAAAGAACAGCUUUAAGCCAAAACCAAAGGUCAUUUUUGUACAGUGAAAAACUGUGUCUAGUACUCCUUUGUCACGAAACACUUCCUUCAGCAAUGUUGGCAUUUUUAAGGAAAGAUGGUUUUAAGGCUUGGUGUGCAGUCUCCUGUGGGUUACACCGGAGUGUGAUGGUUGUGGCGAAAUGUAACCCAGAAUGAUGGCUAAACAAACUUUGUAUCUUUAUUGGUUUUGUUUUUUAGUAUGAAAAUAGCACCUUACUGAGAUUAUCCAUGAGAUAGACAUUUUUAUCAAUUUCAUUGAGAAAUAUGUAUUUAAUAAAUAAUGAACUUUUCUACCAAGGUGUUAAUUUGUCAUUAUUUUGAAAUUUUAUAAGGUACAUAAUUAGACCUCAUAUAAAUUUUUAGGUAUUUCUUUGUUACUUAAAAAAAAAAAUAGAAGUAUUCUAUCAUGUAUCCAAUUAACAAAUAGUUCAUGCUCUGCUAUUUCUGAGUUCCAUUACAAGCCACAAAUAAAGUCUUCAGCAGGUG